GAGAGAGAGAGAGAGAGAGAGAGAGAGAGAAUGACUCGGUAGAGGCAGAGCGGAGACAGAAAAACACAAAGCAGUGGAAAGCACGCUCCUCCUUGGUUAACCUCCGCAUACGUCGCUUACAUUGAGCUCUGAAUAGGACUUCAGUUUGCUCGUGUGUGGGCUGCGCGUAGGGGUUUGGCUUUUUCCAGUGAGCAGCCCCUCGGACUGUCUUUGCCAUGCGGGCUCCACGUUUAUUCCUCAGCUCCACGAUCUGGAUGGGGAUUCUUUUGAGAGCCGUCUCGACCCAAGAUGAGGUUGGUGUGACUCCUCCAGCCUCAUCACCUCCACUGUUCCAAGGUGAAGCUCCCAGAGAAAGCCAUGGAGGGGCUGUCUCCAUGGGACAGGACCUCCUGGACUCAGUCCUGGCUCAUAAGGACCAGCUGUUGGCUCAGAAGGGUGUGGAGCUUCCCACUGUGCUGCCUGCUGAGCUGAUGCCCGUGCUGAGGAAGAGUCUGGGCAGGGGGCCAGGGGCUGGAGCUCUAUCUCCUGAGCAGCAGCAGCUCCUGAGGAAGAUGCUGCCUGCUCACAGUGAAGCUCAACACCCCACUCGACUUCCUGUGGCUGAAUUUCUCUCUGAGGCACCCGAACCUCCUCCAUUGCGCAGCACUGAUGGUCCAGCCAUGACGACACAAGCUGCUAAUGAAAAUGAACCUUCUACCACCACCAUAGUCACUACAACUAUGGACAAAGAGACAGAGCCCGAUGUCCUCCCCUCAACUCCAUCAAGCUGCAUGAUCAAUUUCUCAGACCCAGAGGGCUACAUCGAUUCAUCGGAUGAUCCCCCACUUCCAGACGGAGCUUUCUUGCAGUGCACAUAUACAGUGACAGUGUACACAGGCUAUGGAGUGGAACUGCAGGUCAAAAGUGUAAACCUGUCAGAAGGUGAGCAGUUGUCAAUCAGAGGGGUAGAUGAGGGCGGGGCUUUGCUGGUACUUGCCAAUCAGACACUGUUGGUGGAGGGUCAGGUGAUCCGCAGUCUGACCAACAUGAUCUCAGUAUUCUACCGCUCCUCUCCUGAGGGAGGCAUGGGCAUGGUCCAGCUUCAUUAUCAGUUGUUCCGGCUAAGCUGUGCCUUGCCCAAGCGACCUCACUUCGGGGAGGUAUCAGUGCUGGAUCUGCAUCCAGGAGGCACUGCGCAUUUUUCCUGCCACAUGGGCUACCAGCUGCAGGGGGCAGCCAUGCUCACCUGUCUCAAUGCUUCCCUGCCAGUGUGGAGCCAGCGGGAGCCCAGCUGCAGAGCUCUGUGUGGAGGUACAGUGAAGAAUGCCACCGUAGGCAGAGUCUUGUCGCCUUCACCUCACCCGGGACACAACAGCACCCUGGACCGCAGCUGCUCCUGGUCCCUGGAGGCCCCCAGCGGUCAGAGACUACACCUCCAUUUGGAGAGAAUGGUUCUGGGACCAACAGACAGACUCGUUUUGUGGAGUGGUCUAGAUGCUGGCUCUGUGGUUCUCUUUGACUCUGGUCAGCGCGGUCCAAUCCCAUUCGAGGGAGUCAUAAGUGAGGGCCCAGCAGUCCGAGUUCAGUUUAUAACAGACCAACCAAACAACCACAACACUGGCUUCAACAUCCGCUACGAGGCAUUUGAGAAAGGCCACUGCUAUGAGCCCUACAUCCAGAAUGGCAACUUCAGCACCACUGACCCGACCUAUGGUGUGGGGGCCGUAGUACAGUUCUCCUGUGACCCUGGGCACUCUCUAGAGCAGGGCCCCCCUGUAAUCGAGUGCAUCAACACACGAGACCCCUACUGGAAUGACACAGAGCCUCUGUGUAAAGCUCUGUGUGGGGGUGACCUGUCUGGACCUGGUGGGGUCAUCCUAUCCCCAAACUGGCCUGAAUGGUAUGGUGAGGGUGAGGACUGUAGCUGGAGAAUUCACGUCGGUGAGGACAAGCGUGUCCUUUUGGAUGUGCAGCUCCUGAACCUUAGUGACAGCGAUAUGCUGACCAUCCUGGAUGGGGAUGAGGUCACCACUCGCAUCCUAGGCCAGUAUGUGGGAGGCACCAGCCCAUUCAAGCUAUCCUCUACCACCCCUGACCUCACCAUCACUUUCCAUUCUGACCCAGCUGGCUUGGUCUUCGGCAAAGGAGAGGGCUUCAUUAUCAACUACAUGGAGGUGUCUCGUAACGACUCCUGCCCGGACCUUCCUGAGAUCCAAAAUGGCUGGAAGACCACCUCACAUGCCUCGCUAGUGCGGGGAGCAAGGAUCACCUACCAGUGUGACCCUGGCUAUGAUUUAGUAGGAAAAGAGACCCUGACCUGUCAGCUGGACCUGAGUUGGAGCACUCAGCCACCUUUCUGUGAGAAAAUUAUGUACUGUACAGACCCAGGCCAUGUUGAGCACUCUGUACGUACCCUCUCUGACCCCAAACUGCUGGUGGGUACCACCAUUCAGUACAGCUGCAAUCCAGGUUACAUAUUGCAGGGUGGUGCAACUUUAACCUGUUAUGGUCGAGAGCCUGGAACUCCAGUGUGGACCUCCCGCCUGCCGCACUGCGUCUCGGAAGAGUCAGUUUCUUGUGAGAAUCCUGGUCUUCCAGACAAUGGCUAUCAGAUCUUGUCUAAGAGGCUGUACUUGCCCGGAGAAUCCCUGACCUUCAUGUGUUAUCAGGGCUACGAACUCAUUGGAGAGAUUGCCAUCAAGUGCAUCCUGGGGAAUCCCUCGUUUUGGAGUGGACCAUUACCCCUGUGUAGAGCCAAUCAUGAAUGCUCUAGCAACCAUGCUUUAGAAGUGGCAGAGGCUACUGCAGAAUCAUCUCUAGAUGGGGGAAGCAUGGCUCUGGCCAUUUUCAUAUUAGUGCUGCUGCUCUCUGUUUUGCUUGGAGGCACCUAUAUUUAUCUAACAAGGUGUCGAUAUCACUCCAACCUGCGCCUGCCUCUCAUGUACCCUCACCCAUACAGCCAGAUCACUGUGGAGACCGAAUUUGACAACCCUCUUUAUGAGACAGGAGGGGACACGAGAGAGUACGAGGUGUCGAUAUGAGCAGAGCUGUUGCUGCGGAUGAAUUCUCAGAUGCAGCCCCCCAUUACUUCAGCCCUGAGAGGAAGUGAUGUAAAUAGCUCCUGACAAUUCCACUGCUGCCCCACCUCCCCAACCUCCCAAAUCUGCAGCCUAAUCAGGGUCCAGAGAGAGAGAGAGAGAGAGAGAGAGAGAGAGAGAGAGAGAUGAAAUAGGGAAGGGAGGUGGUGAGAGGAAGGCUGUGUAGCAGAGGUUGGAGAGGAGGUGAAUCAAUGAAGUGACUGUGGUUUUACCAUGUGAUUUGAACAUUAUGCACUUAAGGCAGGAGGUUGUUGUUUAACAAAAUGUGUGUGUGAAUGUGUGUGUGUGGUUGGGUGUGUGUCUGUGUGGAAUGUGUCAGAGACCACCAUUCAUUUGUUUAAUUUCCAGUGAAAACGACCAUUACAUACAAGUUAUUAUUUUUUUUAAGAAAUAUUUCUGAGGAGACGCAAGAUAUUUUAUAUGCAUAAGGUAGGAGAAAGUCAGUAAAUAAUUGGGGAAAAAAUCAGACUCUUUGCAACCGUGCAAGACCUGGUAGACCACCAAAACUGUCACUAUCAGAUAUACAGCAUUUUGAUCUAAAUUCAACAUCAUUGAAUGUGUUACUUGUAUAAUAAGAAGCAGAAAACAACCAAAUUCUAAGACUAAACUUUGGAUAAGUGGAAAGACAUCCCUGUGAGAUCCUGCUUUGAAUGCUUUGAACAGCGAGCUGUAACAAGGGCAAAGGUGGACACACUAAAUAUGAAAUGUGUGUUUUCUGCUUUUUUCCUUAGGCUAAUAAUUGAACUUGUACUUAAUGGCUGUUUUGACUGAAAAUUAAGUAAAAAAGGGAUGUUGCACAGUAAUGUAGAAUGUUUAUAGCUUCAGGAAUGAGAACGAGAAAGCUGUGAAGAUGUUAGCAAAUGUCAUUAACACGGCAUAGUUGAGAAUCUAACACUUGAGUAAUUGCUGUUCUUUGUUCAGUUACACACCCGGCAGUGUGUGUGUGUCUGUGCCCUGACUUCCUGCCUGCUGUUAUUUUUAAGGCUUUGUACUCAAACCGGUUUGUAGUGCAGGUUUUAAGGUAGUAUUUUUCCCAUGCAAGUGACGUCAUACAACAGCAGAGAAACAGAUGAUGUAUUUAUUUUGUUGUACAUGUGAAAGGUUUUUUCUGCUGAAUUAAUGUACAUUUGCUUUUGGAAUUAAAGAGAGAAGAUUUCCCUGAAGAGAUGUCAAAAAUAAAAACAAUGGUAGUCUUUUGUAA